AAUACCAUGUCUAUAUUUCAGAUGAUAGGGCUAUUCUAUUGUCUGUUAAUUGGCGACUCUCACACCCAGAGAUAAUCUUUGUCAUUGUUACACAUCUGCGUUGUCCGUUUUGCCCAGUCUAGACUUAAAUGACCGAAUUACGAACAUUGAUAUGUGAAUCUCCUCUGCUCUCUUGACCGCUUCGGGGUUUGUCUGUAUUUCAUUCCAACAAAUCAUCGGAAGAAGGAGGCGGGGAGGAGCUAUUCCGUCGGCGGUGCGGCUCUGCUCUGCUUGGCUGUCAUCCCCGGACCACAGCGUUGUUACUGCACAGCAGCCGGAGAAGCUGAGCGACAUUGCUAUAGCCGGUUUAUGGAAGUUCACAGGUUGUUGUUGGACCAAUUCUGUGGAUGAAAACCUUUCAAUUUAUUGAACAGGAUGAUACCCAUCUCGUCUAUCUGGAUAUUUAUAAAUUAUUCUGCUCUCCAGUGAAAGAAAGAUGGUGAAUGCAGUUGAAGAUGUAUCUCUUCAGAGAGAGGCUGAAGGUUGAGCUGAUCUUUAGAGUAGAUCCGAUCCAGAUCCGAUCCAGAUCUGAUCCAGAUCCGAUCCAGAUCCAGAGCCCCUCCAGCAGUUCUUCUGAAAAGACCCUUCAUACGUUGCCUUGUAAACCGAGAUGAUCGCCUGUUCUUACAGACCAUGAAAGAAGAGUAAUAAACCUUGGGAUUUAAGUAUAAAACUUUCUGCUGCAUCUCCUCAGCCCUCCUCACACACUAGCUGGUCCCUGGACGUCAGGUGUCCCCCUCAUCCUAUCAGAAGAACUUUGUGAGGGAUGGACUUGUGACAGCGGUUGAUCCCUCCCUUGGCUCAGGACUCAGGUGUUCUGCUCCUCCAGAUCUAACACCAUGUAAUGUAGGAAGAGUGGUGUGUGGAUCGGCUAUCUGGCUGCAGGGUAGGGUGCGGUUGACCCGAUAACAGAUCCACCAGAUCCACCUGCAGGGAGAAGUGGAGAUUGAGGGCAGGACCAGAGAGCCAUGCAACCUCAGCCUGAGGAAUUGUUCACCAGGAAACUAAAGGCCUUGAAUGGCAGCAUGGGACCCCCAGCCCAGGGGACAUCACAGGCCAGCAAGCAGACUGAUGGUGCUAAGACUGGUGGAACAGGGAACCCGGCUAUGCCCAAGAUGGGUAUCCGGGCACGGACAACAGAUUGGCCGCCUGGAUCCCGAAAAGACAGAGGACCACAGAACUCCCCAAACUAUGACAGAGGUUGGGAGGGAGGACCACAGAACUCCCAAAACUAUGAAAGCGUCAUCACAGCUUUCCACAAUGGCCAGCAGCCUCUAGACCAGUCAGGAGAGCUGGUAGACUCAAGUGAUCAGCCCCUUCCAGACAAUACCUACAGUGAGACAGGGGAGAAAGGGGAGGAGCCCACAUACAGUCUGGCUGACCUAUUGGGUCGAUCCCCUCUAAAGGGGGCGGGGAUCCACACUAUUCGGCAGCGUUCGAACAGUGACGUGACCAUCAGUGACAUUGACAGCGAGGACAUCAUCAUGGAAUCUAAUGCAGUGAACCCAAAUACCGGCGCAGCUCUCCACCGGGAGUACGGGAGCACCUCAUCUAUUGACCGGCAGGGUCUGACCGCCGAAGGGUUCUACACCCUGCUACGGGGUUACCGCGUCGACACCUUAGACAACACCCUCCACACCCUGACACGCCCUCAUCACUCCAUGCCCCACCCACAGCUGGGCUUCCCUGAGCUGCGUCACCGAUAUGACUCCUCCCUCUCUCCUAGCCUGCAGGCGGCUACCCAGAUCUCUAGAGGGGAGAUUGUGAGGAUGUCAGGGUAUGACUACGUAGACCCCUCCCUUUUCUACAGCCGGGAGAGAGAGAAGGGAGGCAUGGGGCGGCUCAAGUCCGACUCCUCUGAAAUGUCUCUCUUCAGGAAGCUGAGGACAAUUAAGAGUGAAGGUGACGGGUUCAGGCUGUCUGUGGAGCAAGAGGACCGGAGACCACUCAGCUUCCAGAAGUGUUUUGCCCACUAUGACGUCCAGAGUGUUCUGUUCAACAUCAGUGAGGCAGUGGCCAGCAGGGCUGCUCUCAGCCAGAGGAGGAACAUGACCACAGGAGCUUCAGCUGCUUCUCAGUACCACCCUGGGGCCAGCACUGGAACCUCCAUGUUUGAUUCUCCUCUGGGCUCCCGAGAGGACCUGAACCCCAAAGAAGAUCUAAACCCUGACGAGGGUGAUGGAAAGAGCAAUGGGAUGGUCCUGGGCUGCCCCCACUUCCGCAAUGAGAUUGGAGGAGAGGGAGAGCGAAGGAUCAGUCUUUCCAGAGCCAACAGCACCUCGUACAGUGGAGGUGGAGAGAGCUGCAGCUUUGAGUCGUCUCUGUCUUCCCACUGUACCAAUGCAGGGGUGUCGGUCCUGGAGGUCCCCAGAGACAGCCAGCCUGUCCACAGAGAGAAGGUCAAGAGAUAUAUCAUUGAACACAUUGACCUAGGAGCAUACUACUACCACAAGUUUUUCUACGGAAAAGAGCAUCAGAACUACUUUGGCGUGGAUGAGAACCUGGGCCCUGUAGCUGUUAGCAUCAGGAGAGAAAAGCUGGAUGAUGGAAGGGAGAAGGAAGGAAUGCAAUAUAACUACCGGGUCACCUUCAGAACCAGCCAGCUGACCACUCUACGUGGUGCCAUCCUGGAGGAUGCAGUCCCCUCCACCGCCAGACAUGGAACCGCCCGUGGCCUCCCAUUGAAGGAGGUGCUGGAAUAUGUGAUGCCUGAACUCAACAUCCAGUGUCUCCGACUGGCCCUCAACUCCCCCAAGGUCCCUGAGCAGUUACUCAAACUGGAUGAACAGGGGUUGAGUUUCCAGCAUAAGGUAGGGGUUCUGUAUUGUAAGGCUGGCCAGAGCACAGAAGAAGAGAUGUACAACAACGAAUCAGCUGGACCAGCCCUCAAUGAGUUCCUGGACCUGUUGGGGCAGAGAGUAAGGCUGAAGGGCUUCAACAAGUACAGAGCACAGCUGGACAACAAGACUGACUCUACAGGAACGCACUCUCUCUACACAACCUAUAAAGACUAUGAACUGAUGUUUCACGUUUCCACAAUGCUGCCAUAUACACCGAACAACAGACAACAGCUGCUAAGGAAAAGGCACAUAGGGAAUGACAUCGUCACCAUAGUUUUCCAGGAACCUGGGGCGCUUCCUUUCACCCCUAAAAACAUCCGCUCACAUUUUCAGCAUGUCUUCGUCAUAGUCAAAGUCCACAGCCCGUGCACAGACAGCGUGUGUUACAGUGUGGCAGUCUCCAGAUCUAAAGAUGUUCCUCCAUUUGGUCCUCCCAUCCCCAAGGCGGUGACCUUCCCCAAGUCUGCUGUGUUUCGGGACUUCCUCUUAGCCAAGGUAAUUAACGGGGAGAAUGCUGCGCACAAGUCUGAGAAGUUCCGUGCCAUGGCAACCAGAACGCGCCAGGAAUACCUCCGCGACCUGGCAGAGAACUUUGUCUCCACGGCAACCAUGGACUCUGCUGUGAAGUUUAGUUUCAUCACAUUGGGAGCCAAAAAGAAAGACAAAGCCAAGCCUCGUAAAGACGCUCACCUCUUCAGCAUCGGUGCCAUCACCUGGUCCGUCACCGCCCGAGACUUCGGACAGUCAGCUGACGUGGACUGUCUCUUGGGCGUAUCUAACGAGUUUAUAGUUCUAAUAGAGGAGGAGUCAAAGAAUGUGGUAUUCAACUGUUCCUGUCGCGAUGUCAUCGGAUGGACCUCUGGGAUUACGAGUCUGAAGAUUUUCUAUGAGAGAGGGGAGUGUGUGAUGCUGUCUAAUCAAGACGGCUGUGGAGAAGACAUUCGAGAGAUGGUGCAGAGACUGGAGAUUACGACCCGAGGCUGUGAGACAUCUGAGAUGACUUUGCGUCGGAAUGCUCUGGGCCAGCUGGGUUUCCAUGUGAACUUCGAGGGCAUUGUGGCAGACGUUGAGGCCUUUGGGUUUGCUUGGAAGGCAGGGCUUCGCCAGGGCAGCCGAUUAGUGGAGAUCUGUAAGGUUGCUGUGGCAACACUGACCCACGAACAGAUGAUUGACCUCCUGAGGACCUCUACCACAGUCAAGGUGGUGAUCAUACAGCCACAUGACGACGGAGCCCCACGCAGGGGCUGUUCGGAGCUCUACCGUAUCCCCAUGGUGGAGUAUAAGGUGGACAGCGAGGGAACACCCUGCGAGUACAAGACCCCCUUCAGAAGAAACACUACCUGGCACCGUGUUCCCACGCCAGCAGGCCAGCCCCCUCCCAACCCCACCCCCCCUGGACGCAGCUCCCCGAGCCAGGGACACCCUGACAGAGUGGGACAGCAGGUCCUCCAGCAGGGGCAGCUGGCAAUCCCACGAUCCACCUCCUUUGACAGGAAGCUUCCAGAUGGAUCCAGGGUUGAUUGUGACCCUCAGUUGACCUUGUGUAAUAAAGGAGACCAACACUACCGAAGUUCCCCUAGCAACCAGUCAUCAUCCAGUGACCCUGGACCCUGCAGCAGCGGAGCCUGGACCCAGCAGCCUGGAUACGAAGGGUGUGCAUCUCCGGGCCUCCAGGAGCGUUCAGGGGAUCUGCAGGGAGCAGAGUGUGAUGUCCUCAGAGAACCCACCCUGGAGCGGACACGGUCGGUUGAGGCCAAGUGGCACAUCCCUUCAACAAAGAUCCUCAACUCCUUGAAGCAGAGAGAGGGCUGCAGGGAGUCACCUAGCAAGCUGAACAGGCCUUGUGAGAAGAUGUCCAGCCACUCUAGCAGUAACACCCUGUCCUCCAACGCCUCCUCCAGUAACAGUGACGAAAAACACUUUGGCUCCGGGGAUCUGAUGGAUCCUGAGAUCCUCGGGUUGACCUACAUUAAAGGAGCGUCAACAGACAGUGGCAUCGAUACCAACCCCUGUGGAAGGCUGCUUUUACACGGGGGGCGCGGCAGCGAGGGUAGUCAGCCCUGGGGGGGUGAAGUAGGACAACCAGAGGAUGGCGGCGAAGGAGAGGAUCCUGGGAAACUGUACCUGCCACAGGGAUAUGCCUCGGCCAUCAUGGCAGGUCACGUGACAGAGGGAAGCAUUGGGGACCUGAGCGAGAUUUCCUCUCAUUCUCAUUCCUCUCACUCCAGUGGGUCCCAUCACAGUGGUAGUCCUCUAGCGCGGGGUGCCCGCUACCGCAUGUCAGCUGACUGCUACAGGGUGUACACAAUCCCUCAGACCAGCUCAGGGAUUGGGCCAGGGCCGGGGGCGUGGCUGGAGGCCGGCGGAGAGACACGCCCACUUCCCGGUUCUGAACACAUGGAGAAGACUGAGGAGAUGCGCACUAACCAGUCAGAGUGUGGAGGAGCUGAGGGCUUGUUAGAUUUCCUCCUUAAAACGCUGUCUGAGCGGUCCAGACAGCUAUACUUGCAGGAAGCAGCAUGUCUUCAGGCAGCAGAGAGGGAGAGAGAGGCCAAGGUCCUGGAGAGUCUCUCUAAGGAAGAGUACCUAAAGAUGAUGCUACAGGAGAGCGCACCCCGGGAGGAUGGACAGAGGAAGAUGUCCGACAGCAUUUCUCCUCGGCGUUCCCUGUAUCGUACCCUAUCAGACGAGAGUGUGUGCAGCAGUAACAGGAAAGGCUCGUCGUACGCCAGCUCCCAUAGUUCCAUGCUGGAUCAGGCUCUGCCCAGCGAUAUACUGUUCAGUACCACGCCACCCUAUCAUGCCACUUUGCCCCCACGUAUGCCCAGACAGGGAGGCUCCAACCUCAGGAAUGAGUUCUGGUUCUCUGACGGCUCAUUGGCUGACAGGUCAAAGUUCACCGACCCCGGUCUCAUGCCUCUCCCUGACCCUGCCUCAGGUCUGGACUGGUCACACCUGGUGGAUGCUGCACGCGCCUUUGAAGACCAGCGGGUGUCGUCCUUCUGCACCAUGACAGACAUGCAGAGGGCUGAAGCUCUGCAGAUCUCACAGGAACUGACCCGACGUGUGGCCGCAGCUGAGGGCGCCGCCCUGGAGGCAGGGAGCAGCUCUCCAUCCACUCUGACUGGUAAAGUUAACCAACUGGAGGUGAUCCUUAGACAACUUCAGUACGACCUGAGAAAGGAGAAGGAGGAUAAGGUGUUACUGCAGGUGGAGGUUCAGAACCUGAGACAGGAUAACAUGAGGCUCCAGGAAGAGAGUCAGACUUCAGCCGCUCAGCUCAGGAAGUUCACUGAGUGGUUCUUCCACACUAUUGACAAGAAACCCUAAGACUGCCACCCCUGCAGACUAAUGUCCCCCUGGGGGCAACAGAACACACGGAGAAACAUCCUUUACUGCCCUCCUGGGGGCAACAGAACACAGAGACCCUGUUACUACUGACCUAUUACUUCUGCGCUGAGGGCAACAGAACAACAAGACAAAGCCUCAGCUAUUUGUAAAAUAAUUCACCAUAGAGGCCACACAAUGUUACAGGGGCCAUUCUAUUCUAAAUCUCUCUUGCUAAGAUGUGCUCCAGGACUGAAUAAAAUCCUCUGCUUUGAGAGAGGCUGUAUCCAUCUAGUGGAAACCCUUUUCUAUUGCAGGACAAGCUAAAAAAACAACUAUGGUUUGCCCUGGCAGCAGCUGGACAGACCAUUGGGAUGGAGAAAGUCAACCAGUCACAGGCCCUGAUAUCUGUUUGCCCCUAUAAGAAUCCUCCCAGACCCUGCCUGUUCCUGUGGAAAACUGCUGUGGUAUUGGAAUGUAAACCCUAUAUCUACCGUACUGUACUCUAGUGAAUAAAACAGUAUUCUACUGUAGUAAAUUACACAGUGCUGUAUUCAACUGUGGUGAAUUAAACUGUACUCUUGAUUUCUGGAUUAAACAGUGCCAUACUCUACAGUAGUGGAUUAGACUGUACACUAAUGUAGUGAAUGAAAUAGUACUGUGUUAUACUGCAGUGGAUUAAACUGUAGUAUAUUACAGUGAAUUAAAUGGAAUUGUACUCUACUGCAGUGAAUAAAUCAGUACUGUACUAUAGUGAAUUCAACCGUACUGUACUCUAACUGCAGUGGAUUAAAAUGUACUGUACUAUAGGUAAUUAAACAGUACUCUACCCUGCUGCAGUGGAUUAAACAGUACUGUACUAUUGUGGAUUAAACAGUACUGUACAAUAGUGAAUUUAACGGGACUGUACUGCAGUGAAUUAAACAGUACUGUACUCUCCUGCAGUGGUUUAAACAACAAUGUGGUAUACAGAAUUAGACAGUACUCUACUGCAAUGGGUUAAACAGUACUGCACUAUAAUGAAUUUACCAGUACUGUCCAAUAGUGAAUUUAAUAGUACUGUACUCUUCUGCAGUGAAUUGAAUAAUACUGUACUAUAGGGAAUUUAACAAUACUCUACUGCAGUGACUUAAACAAUACUGCACUAUAGUAAACUAAAAAUGUCUGUGCUAUAGUGAAUCAAACAGUUCUGUACUCUCCUGCUGUGGAUUAAACAGUAAUGUAGUAUAUAGAUAAUUAAACAGUACUCUACUGCAAUGGCUUAAAUAUUAAUGUAGUAUAGAAAAUUAAACAUUACUGUACUCUAAUCUACAGCAGUGGAUUGAACAAUAAUGUACUAUAGUGAAAUAAAAAGUACUCUACUGUAGUGGAUUAAAGAGCAAUGUACUCUACUGCAGGGGAUUAACAUAUACUGUACUCUACGGCAGCAGAUUUAACAGUACUGUACUGUGAAGCUGUAGUUAAACACAUUAUCUUUCACACUAUCUCCAUGGAUACCAAGGGCACUACAGUACAUGUUGCCUAGUAAUAGUGAAUGGGAUGAGGGAUGGUGGUAAUAGUGAAUGGGAUGAGGGAUGGUGGUGAUAGUGAAUUUGGAUGAGGCAUGGCGGUGAUAGUGAAUGGGAUGAGGGAUGGUUGUAAUUGUGAAUGGGAUGAGGGAUGGUGGUAAUAGUGAAUGGGAUGAGGGAUGGUGGAUUUAGUGAAUGGGAUGAGGGAUGGUGGUAAUAGUGAAUGGGAUGAGGGAUGGUGGUAAUAGUGAAUGGGAUGAGGGAUGAUGGUAAUAGUGAAUGGGAUGAGAGAUGGUGGUAAUAGUGAAUGGGAUGAGGGAUGAUGGUAAUAGUGAAUGGGAUGAGGGAUGGUGGUAAUAGUGAAUGGGAUGAGGGAUGGUGGUGAUAGUGAACGGGAUGAGGGAUUAUGGUAAUAGUGAAUGGGAUGAGGGAUGGUGGUGAUAGUGAAUGGGAUGAGGGAUGGUGGUAAUAGUGAACAGGAUGAGGGAUGGUGGUAAUAGUGAAUGGGAUGAGGGAUGUCUGUCAUUUACCAUCUACUAUCUGACAAAGAGGCACCACAAUGACUACACUUAAUAUCUGCUAUUUGCACCAAGGAAUUCACCUGGCAGACCUGGACUGUGAAGCUGCAUUUGGAUGAUAAAUGAAAACAUGAAUGUAGCUCAACUGACCAUACAGCUCAAAUGCUGUUUGGCUGAAUGGUUCCUCAAUUUUCCCAAAGUCACAAAGAAACAUGUAGAAACUGACAUGAUACUUUAUUCAAAAACAUAGAAACUGACAUGAUGUUUUAGUCAAACACUUUUUAUAUACAUUUGUUCUAGCUCUUUUCAAUGUUGUAAUAAAGAAUCACAACACAUGGCAUUAGUGUUGAUGUUUAGAGAUGCUCUCCUCCUUUCACAUGUUGUUACAUUCAGUUGCAAAAAUGUUGAAGCUAUUUUGAAUACAGUCCUUGAUUUCUUUGUUUCUUAAAUGAUCAUGUCUGAACUACAACAAAGGUGUUGCUUUCAAUUGAAACUGGGAAAAAUGAUAGUAACAAGGUUUUGAUUCAGCAGUGUGAAGACAUUGGUCUGUCACUGUCACCAUGUCUUAGCAAUAAAACAGUAGUAGUCAUUUAAACAUGUUGUGUUUAAAGUUAGCUGCACCAAUGUAAGCAGGGUUGUAUUUGAUCAUGUCCUAAAAGAGGAAGAGACUGUGCCUCUUGACCUGGUUCCCUGGUAAACACAUGCCUUGUCCGGGGCUUAGCUCUGCUGAUAUACACACCUGGUAACAGUCCUGUACAGCACUCUUUUCCCUACAUAGUACACUUGGUUUGCUCCAAAAUGGAAAAAAGUAGUGCACUUAACUCAAGGUAAUAGGUUACCAUUUGGGACAUAAGGCCAAUGCAUACUCACAGUAAAUGUAUGUAUCCUUAGGGCUCUGGGCAGAUGUAGUGCAUUAUGCACGGAAUAGAGUGCCAUUUGGGACACCAACCUAGCCAACCACACUCACAAUGCCAAAAUGUUUUUCUCUGUGAACUAAAGUGUCUUGUAUUUACUAUCACCUUUACAUUGUUUUAUUCUGUUCAUUUUCUAAUCAGAGUUUCAAUUUUCAGCACCAACAAGAGAACAUGUUAAGUCAAUGUUGUAAAUGAUGUAGCUUCAUUUCUAGGCCAGAAUUAUAUUGAGAAAUAUAAGUUAAUAUAUUAGACUGCAUAUGGUACAUAUUCCCUCAAAAGUGCACCCGUUUGACCAUAGCUCUGUAGUGUGCUAUAUAGGGAGUAAUUAUGUGCCAUGUAAAACAGUCAAUAGUUAUGAGUUAUGUUUUGGAGGUUAUUCCAACAUUUGGAUGCUGCUACAUAAACACAGUGGGUUGGUUUGUUCCUUUUUAGAAGGAUGAUGUUUAUAUCUGUUGAAAUGUUUUGUCUGUAUUAGUUGAACUUUUACAGCUAAGAAACAUGCUGGGUUGUUUUGUUUUUUAAAUAAAUGUAGUAU